AUGUCGCACUCCCUCUACAUUGUAACAUAUGAUCGAGGAACCCACUGGGACACCGGCCUGGUAAAAGCUUACCACUGGGCUUUUUUAAUCGAAUUAUCCCCUUCAACCGGGUUGAAACACCAACUGCGGGGUAUGCCCGGUGCGUACUAUUAUCCUGGACCUGAGGCUGCGGAUCCGAGGAAUGAAGAGCCUGGGAGGAGUAUUAUGAUCAAUACCAACAAUUUUAUAAGAAAGAAGAGUGUGGUUGGGAAGGAAGGUGAGGGAGGGGAUGGGGGGGAGGAGGAGGCGGAAGGGGAGGAGGAGGAAGACGAAGAAGAAGAAGAGGAGGAGGAAGUGGUUAAUGGACUUAGUAGAGAUGAGUCUGCUGUGCAGAUUGUGGUUGUGAAGUUGGAGAUUGGGAGUGUAGAACAAAGCCGGCUUGGGGAGUUUGAGAAAGCUUGUAGGGAAGCUUAUGUGGAGAAGGAAGAAGUUCAGGGGGGAGAAGGGGGGUGGAAUUGCCAGGAGUGGUGUUUGGGACUGCUGGAGGGAUUGAAAGGGAAGGAUCUGGGGAAGGAUGUUUGGUAUGGUAAGGAAGAGUUAAAGGGGUGGCUUAAGGAGAAGGACCACUCUACUAUGGCUCUAUCACAUGAAUCUAUAGAUUCAUAG